UCUCUCUCUCUCUCGCACCAUCAUCUCCCACCAUGGCUCCUCUAUCAUCUUCCUUUAAUUUUUUUAAUAGAAUCUGAAAGUUUUGGUUGGUUAAUCUCUAUUCAAAGAAUCUAUUCACUUUAGUGUUCUUGAUCCUUCAGUUCUUAGAUGAAGAGAAGUUCAAAGAAUCUGUUCACAAGCUAGAGCAGGAAUCUGGGUUCUACUUUAACAUAAAGUACUUUGAAGAGAAAGCUCUCGCUGGUGAAUGGGACGAAGUGAAGAAGUAUCUCUCAGGUUUCACUAAGGUUGAUGAUAAUCGUUACUCUAUAAAGAUUUUCUUUGAGAUCAGGAAUAAAAAGUAUCUCGAAGCUCUAGAUCGGAAUGAUAGAACAAAAGCUGUUGAGAUAUUAGCUAAAGACUUGAAAGUCUUUGCUACGUUUAACGAGGAGCUUUACAAGGAGAUCACUCAGCUUCUGACUCUUAAGAAUUUCAAGUGAUUUUUGUUUGGUAUUAAUGAACACAUUGCCUGCUGAGAGAGAGACUUCUUAUCAAGGAGAGAAACAGAACAAUAGAUGUGGCAAGAGGAAAUAUUUCGACAAGAAGGUGAAAAGCUCGACGAGAAGCUGCCGUAUGUUCAUGUUAGAGCUCGACGUGGUCAAGCAACAUAUAGUCAUAGCUUAGCAGAACGAGUAACUUUUGCAUCUUUCAUAUUACCUCUUCAUUAGUGACAAUAUUGUAUAGUUUUCAUGAUUUAGUUAAGUGUCUUUAAUGAAGAAAAGUGGUUUCUGGUGUGAUAAAAUGGCCAGUUAGGUAAUUAUGUAAUGCCUCUGUAUAGCUCCAUCGCCGAAUGCUCGGAGGAGAAUAUUCAGAACUUGGGUUUUGGAGACUGAAAAGACAGAUGAAGAAAGCAAUGGAGUACAUGAAGUUAGGGGAUUCCGAGCUCAAUAUCAGCGAGAUUACUAUGGGCACUUUUUGAUGGAAAGCAACGGAAGAGUUCCUCCACCGCGUCGUCCUACCCUCCCUCACCACCCGAAUACUUUCGGCACCUUUCCCACGCUUCCUCCACCUCAACUCAUGGAGCACAAACUCGCGUCCCAGCACGGCGAAAUGCAGAGGCUAGCCAUAGAGAACCAGAGGCUCGCCGCCACGCACGGUAACCUUAGACAAGAGCUUGCAGCCUCGCAGCACGAGCUGCAGAUGCUGCACUCUCAGAUCGGGUCCAUGAAGUCCGACGGUGAGCAGCGGAUGAGCGGCCUCGCCGACAGAGUCGCGAAGAUGGAGUCGGAGCUUCGCAAGUCCGAGGCUUUGAAGAUGGAGCUGCAAGAGGCACGCGGAGAGGCGCGGAGCCUGGUCGUGGCGAGGGAGGAGCUCAUGUCUAAAGUUCAUCAUUUGACUCAGGAGAUCCAGAGGUCUCGCUCCGAUGUGCAGCAAGUACCUGCGCUCAUGUCGGAGCUUGAUGGUUUAAGACAGGAGUACCAACAGUGCAGGGCAACGUAUGACUAUGAGAAGAAGUUUUACAACGACCAUAUCGAGUCGCUUCAGGCGAUGGAGAAGAACUACAUGUCUAUGGCUAUGGAAGUACAAAAGCUUCAAGCUCAGUUAAUGAACACUGCAAAUUCAGACAGGAGCGCCGGUGUCCCUUAUAACACUGCUGAAAAUGACCCUUCUCAGAGUGGAGUUGGUUACUAUGGUGAUGCUUACCAGGGAUACAUCCCUCCUCCACCAGCUGUUGGUACUGCAACUGCACCAAAUUCAGUUGUUGGCACAGCUCAAUAUCCUUAUCAAGGAGGAUACUUCCCUUCAGGACCCGGUUACUACUUCCCAAGAGGCCCUCCUCCUCCUCCUGGUUCAUAUAACCCGCCUCAUGGAUCAUCCAACAAUACGCCUUACGGCGCUGCUGCAACUACUGGUCCACGCUGAAAUCCUAGUCGAAUAUGAGGCUGAGUACAUAUAGUAAUAACUCGGCAUCCUCGUAUGUUGUUCAACUGUGGGGUUGUUGCUGGUUUUUGAUUAUCUCUGUGUAUGGUCAAGAGAUGCGGGUACAGUGGUUACCUUUUAGUGUUACUGUUUAUCUGAAUUUUUUGAGAGUUAUUUUAACUUGAAUUUAUAAGGAGAGACUGUUUUGGACAAGUUUUGCCACUUUAGCUUGAUGGGGGAAGAAACAACAAAGAAGAUAACAUUUUUAACGCA